AUGUCGACCAGCAUCAUCACCCCUCCCGAGCCACGGACCUUGUUCCCACCACUUCUGGCAUGUCUUCCUACCGCUUUCAUGUCGCCGCGCCCUCCGCCGGCAUUGCUUCCUCUUCUUUCGCCCAUCUUGCGCCAACGAGUCAAUCUCCUCGCUGGUAACACUUCUUCAGGCCAAGGUGGUUGGUUGAACCUGCUCUCUUGGUCCUCCUCUCGCUCCUCGAAACUUGGCGGUAAAGUCGAAAACCUGCAAUUGGAAGCUCAUCCUGUAUCCGGCGAGCUCGAGCUUGAAGACAUCGACAAGAUCAGCUACAGAAGAGUCGACGAGGAAACACUACAAUGCUGCUUGCAAGUCGAAGAGUUUGGAUUGCUGCCGGUAUACAUGUGGUGCGAGAACGAUGCAGAUGGUGGUCAAAUUGGCGGAGCAACAGGUUGGAGACUGGCCGAGUUGCGCGCUCUUGAGGACUUGAGCGAUGAUGUCGCCCAGUGGACAGACUCUAUCGCUGCUGCAAAUGACGCCUUCGAGAGCCAGUCUCAUCCCAACGCUCCUUCCACUACCAUCCCUCAACAAGCGACCGCAGAAGAUGAUGACGAUGACGAUGACUACUGGGCCAGCUACGACAGAACACCCAACAACAGAACUCCCGCUCGUACGCCUGCCAAACGCGCUAGUCCCGCUCCUGGCACCGCUUCCUCAAACCUCGCCCCCACAAACGACGAACUCGAGUACUUCGCUCGCUACGCAGCUGAAGUCCAACCUGCCCUCGACGAUCACGACCCUGACGAGGAGCACCCAGAGACUGCAGACUCCACCCUGCGCGGCGGCGAGCUCAGCACAAAACAAACAGGAGAACCAAACACCAAUCCCGCUCCACCCAUGUACGCUGCCGAAAACAACGAGUUCAACACUACACUCCAAGCACAAAAGCAAGAGCUGGAAGCACCGAGACCUACAUCCCCUGGCAGCAGUGUCGACGUUCUCGAACGUGGUGCUGAGGACAUGACAAGAGCUGAAAUUGGUGUGAAGCAGUUCAUCAGCACAGAGAUGAAGAGCAUGUUCCGCCUUGCCCGCAGUGUGGGCAUGGGAAGAGAAGAGUUCGAAAGGAUCAUCAAGACUGAGAUUGAUGUUUUGAGCAUGCUCGAAGCCGAUGACUAA